AUGAUUUCGCCAACUCCAAGAAAGGACCUCAUGAUAGUCAAUAUGGGACCUCACCACCCAUCAAUGCAUGGUGUUCUUCGACUGAUCGUUACUCUCGAUGGUGAAGAUGUUAUUGACUGUGAACCAAUAUUGGGUUAUUUACAUAGAGGAAUGGAGAAGAUUGCGGAAAAUCGAACAAUUAUACAAUAUUUGCCUUAUGUAACACGUUGGGAUUAUUUAGCUACUAUGUUCACAGAAGCAAUAACCGUAAAUGGACCCGAGCAGCUAGGAAAUAUUCAAGUACCUAAAAGAGCUAGCUAUAUCAGAGCUAUUAUGUUGGAAUUGAGUCGUAUCGCUUCCCAUUUGUUAUGGCUCGGCCCUUUUCUGGCAGAUAUUGGGGCACAGACCCCUUUCUUCUAUAUUUUUAGAGAACGAGAAUUGAUAUAUGACCUCUUCGAGGCUGCUACCGGUAUGCGUAUGAUGCAUAAUUUUUUUCGUAUCGGAGGAGUCGCUGCUGAUCUACCUUAUGGCUGGAUAGAUAAAUGUUUGGAUUUUUGUGAUUAUUUUUUAACCGGGGUUGCUGAAUAUCAAAAUCUUAUUACACGGAAUCCAAUUUUUUUAGAACGAGUUGAAAGCAUAGGCAUUAUUGGUGCAGAAGAAGCACUAAAUUGGGGUUUAUCAGGACCAAUGUUACGAGCUUCCGGGAUACAAUGGGAUCUUCGUAAAGUGGAUCGCUAUGAAUGUUAUGACGAAUUUGAUUGGGAGAUUCAAUGGCAAAAAGAAGGCGAUUCAUUAGCUCGAUAUUUAGUACGAAUUAGUGAAAUGACAGAAUCCAUAAAAAUUAUACAACAGGCCCUGGAAGGAAUCCCGGGGGGACCGUAUGAAAAUUUAGAAAUCCGGCGCUUUGAUAGGAUAAAAGAUCCUGAAUGGAAUGAUUUUGAAUAUCGAUUUAUUAGUAAAAAAACUUCUCCAACUUUUGAGUUGUCCAAACAAGAACUUUAUGUAAGAGUCGAAGCCCCAAAAGGAGAGUUGGGGAUUUUUCUGAUAGGAGAUCAGAGUGUUUUUCCUUGGAGAUGGAAAAUUCGACCUCCGGGUUUUAUCAACUUGCAAAUUCUCCCUCAAUUAGUUAAAAGGAUGAAAUUGGCUGAUAUUAUGACGAUACUAGGUAGCAUAGAUAUCAUUAUGGGAGAAGUUGAUCGUUGA